AACUUUGCCUGGUUUUGGAUAGUUUGGUUAAACAGCUCACUUUUUUGUAUCUAUUGUCACUAUUUGAUUUCUUAUCUUCAGUAUAAAGACGAUUAGCUAACAUUUCCAAUCUUCUAGUCUUUCAACCUCACUUCCACUUUCAACUCUAUUACUAAUUAACCUUUGUGUCAUCAACAAAUGUUUGGCCGCCAAACCGAUUCUUUGAAUAUACCAUUAACCCUACAAUUUAUGAUUCUGGUUUUACCUAUUAGUAAUAAGCUAAUAGAUUGUUGCUUCUUUUAUCCUUCAUUUUUAACCGUCCAGCUAUUCAAUACUGGCAGUUUUAUUCGCCUUUCAUCUCUUUUUUCACCCGAUUAUUCAUACAUCAACCUUUUCUAAUGAUAACCAUUCUAGUCUCUGGCUAUUUGAUCAUUUUUGCAUGUAAAAUUCAACACUCCAGUUGAGCCAGUUUCAAUUUGUUUGAUCCAAAUUUUAGCAUCUUCAUAGUUCUCGUGAUCUCAUCGAGAUAAAUCCUUUUUAAAUUUUGUUUUAAUCAAUUUUAUUCUCUUUCGUAAAAUAUCCACCAUAAAAUGGCCGACGAAAGCCAUGCUCAUCACCAUCAUCAUCAUCACCAUUCUCAUCCUCACCAUCAUCAUUAUUAUGAUCAUUCACAUCAUCACUUAACCCAUCCUCAUCAUCAUUUUAUUCGUAGCAGUGGCUCUGUGGAUCUUGACCCAAUUGAACCAUUAGUAAUGCAGAAUAACUUUACGAUCAAAAGGGUUGAAAGUGUUGCCCGCCGGUUACAAGUACAUGCCAAACUAGAGACAAGACACGAUGAAGAGGCUCGAUUAGUUGUGCCCAGUGAAAGUAUCACUAGUGAAAAGUCUCGUCUUUUCACUGAAAGUCUAAAUAACUACCAAUCAAUCGCCAGCUCUCUUGGUGGACUUUCUGUGGCAUCAUCAUUAGGAGCUGGAAGCAAAAGUCAAGCUCAUAGUGUGUUCACCGUAUCUGAAGAAAAUGAAAAGCUACUUGAAUCUUCAAUUACCUCAUUUGAAAGUCUCAUUGAACAGUCCAAUAGUCCAUACAACAAAUUAGCACGUAAUAAGAUUGUGCUCUGCUUAUUAACCACAGGAUUCUCUCUGUAUUCCGUAUUCUCUAUCAUCGCUCCAUUUUAUCCACAAGAAGCUGGACAUAAAGGCAUUCCAGAAUCAAUUUAUGGACUGGUAUUUUCAUCACACGCUUUAACCAUCAUAUUAAUUUCACCCUUCAUUGGAAAAGCUAUACAUCGAUUUGAGAUAAAACAUCUUCUGAUGUCUGGCAUUUUAUUAACUGGUCUAUCCAUGAUACUUUUCGGUUUCCUUCACUACAUAACAAACACCAUACUCUUUGGAGCUCUUUCAUUUGGCUUGAGAAUCCUAGGUGCAAUUGGGUUCGCCGUUUUUCACACCGCAGCUAAUAUCUACAUUACUAAGCUAUACCCACAGUCCAUUGGAACCGUAUUUGGCUUGGUGGAAACUUUUUGUGGUUUUGGUCUCAGCUUUGGACCCAUGAUCGGCGGUGGACUUUACGAAUGGGCAGGCUUUCCAUUGCCCUUCUGGGUUUUAGGAACAGUCAAUUUACUAAAUAUCAUUCUCUACUAUUAUCUAAUCAAACCUAUUUCAGAAAUUGUACCAGAAUUUGAUGAACAUCUCAGUGACGAUCCAGAUACUCCUAAGUUAACUUAUUGUAAACUUCUAUGUAAUUAUAAGGCGUUGGUUAUCUGUGCUGCUACAAUAGUAAUUUCUCAGAAUCAAACUUUCCUUGAUCCUACGGUUGAGCCUCAUCUUUAUAACAAUGGAGUCAAGGAAUCGUCAGUUGCUUUAACAUUUUUCCUGAUGAACGCCGCUUUUGCCCUUCUUUCACCCAUUGUUGGUCUCAUCUCGGCCAGAAUUAAUAAAUAUACGUUAAUGAGUAUCGGACUUUUAAUCAGUGGUUGCAGUCUCAUCUCUCUUGGUCCACCAAUCUUUCUUCCCUUUGACGUUAAUUUACAAAAUAGUUGCAUUUCAAUGGUUUUCAUGGGAAUUGCUUAUUCAUUAACGCUUAUACCAUCAUUUGAAGCACUGAUUGAACAUGCUGUUGAAGUGGAUAAAUUUGGUAAUCUGCAAACUUUCUCAUUGGUUGCUGCGCUUUACACUGCCGUCUUUUCACUAGGAGAAGCAAUCGGACCUGCAUUUGGAGGUAUUUUUACCCAAUGUUUCAGUUUUCAACUAUCAACUGUUUUAAUGGGAAGCAUUACUCUUUUCGUGGCUUUUAUUACGUUCAUGACUCGUUUAUGUGAUCAAAUGCAUUGAAUGCACCAUUGGUUAUAGCAAAUGCCGCAAAAUUAAAUGGUUGAAUAUUUUUAUAAGCUUUUUUUAUUUCUAUGUUAAAAAUAAUCCUUAAUUUGUAAGAUCGCUGAGAGAUCACUAUAAAUUGUUUUUUUCGUUGAUUAACUUUCAAUAAGAAAUCAUAUUUUGUUGUACAAUUUGUACAUUUUUUAGAGUUUUCAUUUUAUUUACAUCUUCUCAUUGAUUCCUAUUUUGGUGAAACCUCGUGAAAACGACUCCUUUUUGGAUCAAAAGUAAACGAAAAAUUAAAAGUCAAGUGGCUUUCAAAAUGGACAAUAAGAUGGUUUCCUCUAAUCUUCAUGUGGAACCCGAUAAACAAGAAUCCCAGAUUUUAUUUCCAAGCAAUCUACUGAAACAAAAGUGAUGACAACUAUUAAGAUCAACAUGUCAGUGAUUGUCUUCAACUAUAUUUUGAAAUAUUUGGAUUCUCUGUUUUUUUUCUUACAAUUAUACUCACCACUUAAACUAAUUAAUAUUGAUUGUGA